AUGUUGUUCUCCGAUAACGACCCCAUCCUGAUCAUCGGGGCGGGGGUAUCUGGCCUGGUGCUUGCCCAAGGGCUAAAGCAUCGCGGCAUCCCCUUCCGCCUCUUCGAACGUAAUGCAUCUAUCGCCAACAAAAAACAAGGCUACCGCUUCCGCUGUGAACAGCCGGGACUCGAAGCCUUGCAACAAACCCUGGCGCCGGAACUCUGGGAUCUCAUCGAGACGACGCAUGCAAAGCACACGCCCUUCGUCAUGGUGGGUCUGGACAUUCGGACGGGAGAGAAGAUCGGUGAGAGUAAUCGGGUGUCACCAGAGACCAAGGCGGGUGCAAAGGCGUACCCGAUCGAUCGGCCGUGGUUUCGGGAGCUGCUCUAUCUAGGCAUCGAGGAGGACAUUGUCUUCGGAAAAGCCUUCGAGUCGUACGAGCUGCUGGAUGGAGGGAGCAGCGGCAAACGGGUGCGAGUGCAUUUCGAGGACAAGACCACCGCGACUGGCCGACUUCUGGUCGCUGCCGACGGUGUGCGGUCGCGCGUGCGUCGGCAGUUCUUGCCCGACAUGAAACAAGUCGACGUGGGGCGGAUGGUGAUUUGGGGGCGAACGCCGGACGUCAAGGCAAUGCGAUCGAUUCUGCCCCCUGAGGCGCUCUCCACUUGGGCAUCGUGGGCGGUUGAUGAUGGCCAUCCCGCACGAAGCUUACUGUGGGCGCCAGUCGAGUGGCCUGGCGAUCUGCCGAAGUUGUCGGGUGGCAAGUUGUCCGCUCAGUCGGAAUACGUGAAUUGUGUGUUCAACUCCGAAACCAACAAGGACGUUUUGGCCAAUGCGGGAAGUUUGAAGCACAAAUUGGACUGGAUGAACGAGGUUAUGGCGGACUGGAACCCGGCCUUGAAAGAGCUCUACCAACGACAGGAUCCGGAGUCUCUCACCCUCAUUCCCAUGUAUUCGUGCACUCCCAACAUUCCGGAGUGGCAAGCUCAGCCGUGCCUAACUUUCCUCGGGGAUGCCAUUCAUGCCAUGUUACCCACGGGUGGCAUCGGAGGACUCACGGCGAUCAUGGAUGCGCGAGAUCUUUGCCUUGCCAUUGCUUCUGCACGAGACGGUGACGAGGAAGGCUGGGUGAAGCAGCUGCAAGGUUACGAGACGGAGAUGAGACGCCGAGGUGCAGCGGCGAUCGAGCAUUCAUUUCAAGGAGGAAAGCGGAUGUGGGCGGGCAAGGACUGGUGGGAAUAUGAAACUCUUGUGUGA